AUGUCCUUGACCAUUAGGAAGUUCUAUCCAAGGUCUCAGCGGUGUUCAGCUCUUUCCGCUUGGUUCAGUCGUUCGCUACUAGUGGUUUUUGUGGCUGUUGCGGGUAUCGCUCUACUCCUCCAUGAUAUCAGCUGCAGUAAAAAAGAGGAUCAUCUUCCUCCCUUUGUGUAUAUUUCAGACGAUGAGUUGGCCAACGACCCGCGUAACGUACUGGAAAAUGCUUUAAAACAACACGGAAGUGUUAUCAGAAUACCUAGGAGAGACAGAAUUGAAUAUAUUGUCGACGAUAUCUACUUGGAGGAGGUUCUUACAGGAUAUACGAACUUCAGUUUUGAGAAAGGGGCACUUAUGGCGCUGAACAUGGGCUUCCUCCUUUACAUCCCUCGCUUUGUAGCCACUGCGGACCAUCUCGUACACUCGGAAAUUAUAUCCAAAAUCCAUUCAGUUAUAGACAAAGGUGAUCUUCCUGCAACCUCAAUACAAGAUGUGGUUCCAGUUUUUGAGGAAAAAAUUCGGCAAUUCAAGGAGAAGAGUUAUGCAUCUAGUCAAAAUGUCAAAUCUAUCUGCAGGGCAAUGGAAGAAGUCGGCUCUUUGUCCGGCAUUAUCAACAACACUAAUAAACUUGCCCUGUUGUUCCCAAGGACCUGGACAUUUUUUAACAGGCCGCGAGCAACGUUCAUGAUGAUGUAUCAUUUCUGUGGAGUCGGCACAAAAGCUUUCAUGCAAAUGGGGGGAAAGAAUUCAGCAAAGCCACAAGAUGAACCUCUCGAGGAAUCUGUUCUCUUCAAAUAUGCUGAACGCUUUAGAGAUAAGCAAACAGGGAGAAUUGGUAUUUGCCAACGAGCCAUAAUGCUGUGUCUGUUCCUUCCAAUCCUAUUUGCUUCUGUACAUCAAACGAGCGUGAUAAUGAUAUUCGUUAUUCUUGAACUUGCAAAACGGCCAGAGGUUAUACCUGAAAUCAAUAAAGAAUUCCUUCCAGAAACUGGUAUCGACGGCACUCCACAAAUAACCUAUGCAACACUUAGAAAUGCUGAGCGCCUCGACUCGUUUAUUCGAGAGGUUAUGCGUACGAAAGGCGAUACACUGGGAACAAUGCGCAUGGCCCUUCGGGAUGUCAAACUGGGCAAGUACAUAGUUCCAUCAGGGGCAUUUAUCAUCCCUCUCGCCUCCUUGUCGUAUAGGAGCAAAGAGCAUCACGGUCCUGACGCCGAAGAGUUUAUUGCAGAUCGAUGGGUUGGCCGUGAGAUCAAGCUCUUUGUCCUAUUCUUAGUGAAUGAGCUUACUUUCGAGUUGGAAGGUGGAGAGUACGAGGUGGUAGACCGAUUGCUCACCUCCACAGUUGCUCCACGUGGUCGAAUCCUCUUUAGCCCUCGUUAG